GAUUGGCUGCUUAUCGCAUCAGUAGAUUUCCUAACGUCAGGUUUCCAUUGGCAACUCCAUCACAGAACGAGAGAACCAAGACUUCGAAGCUGGGCCCAUUUGUGACCCAUCCCGCCUGGACGGAGUGACCCCCAGACUUCGACCAUGUUCGGCCCCUUCAGGAUAACAAAUCCUUUAAAUGGCGGUCUCCUCUGGAAGAUCCCCUGGCGUCUCUCGCGCUUCCAGAAGCUCCGCCACCGCAGGCGGCUACGGGCGGUGGACAGCAUCGUCGACACCAUCAGCCAGGCUCUGAGCAAGAAGGGGGAGACGCUCAAGGCGCUCGACAGGUGGAAGGCCGAGAUGCCCCGGGAGGAGGAGAUGUUGCCCAAGGACAAGUACACCAUCUUCGACCGCAAGGAGAAGAAGUACCGCAAGGGAAUUCACAAGCUCCCCAAGUGGACCAGGGUGUCCCAGAGGGUCAACCCACCAGGAUUCUAGGAUUUGCCUCUCGACGCGACAUGCUCGAUUAUCGGCGGGUUUUCCUCAUGUCGGACAUGCGCCGUCAGGCAUCCCUGCCGUCGACGACUGGCUAGACUACUAUUCCACACGCACUGAGACGCAUGGCCCAAGACGGCGGCUAUGGCUCAGCCUCGAGAACAUCCCCGGUCCGACGCGGGGAACUUGAACUUGAUGGGGAUGAUAGCUUGACUUCGGCGUCAUAUUAUCGUCAGCAGCUACUUCGGAUGGACUGCCAUGUCAGCUAGGGAGGAAGGGAGGGCAUCAGAGUUGGACCACAUACAGGAGAUGUUGGACGGCUAGGCCCUCUUAUGGUAUGCGCGGCUCCUCAUCGAAGCCUCGACUGUGGUCCAUCUAUGUAGCAUGGAAGGAAUGACGAAAGGAACCCGUGAAAAAAUCAUAUCUUGUGGUAUUAUCUGCCUUGUAAUAUGCACGUUCACGACCUCUUGCCACCAACUACCAGCAAGAGAUUUACCCAAGUGAAAGUGACCA